UCCAAGAAGAAUAUCGCCUCACUAUCUGUAAAAAACAAAACAAAAACAUAACGUUAUUUCGCUUAGUUUGGACGUGAGUUGAGCUCUAACUGCUCUGAAACUGUUAAAGGAACAUCAGCAGAUAAUUAACAGCAGAGACGUAGGACAUCAGGCAGGGAGCAGCUGAGAGAUUUGAAACGGUUUUCAGCAGCGUCCGAACAUCAUGGAGGCUGGCUUCAACCCGGAAGUUCUGCUGCACAGUUUAGAUGUUAAACCAAUACUGAUGGUUAAAAAAGAAAACCCUGAAGGACACAGACCUUGUGCUGACCUGCACAAGCCAAAGCCCCAGCACAUAAAGGAGGAAGUGGAAGAGGGCCGUAUCAGUAUGGGGAAAGUUGAAGAGAUUGCGGACAUCAAGUUUCCUGUAACUUCUGCUCUGACGAGUGUAGAUGAAAAACUGCCUCCUGUCCAACAGCUUUAUCAAGAAAAGAGUAACAACAGAGAUCUUCCCGAUGAGAAAAAUAGAGAAGAAAAAAAAUCCAUCAGGAUGCAAAAUCAUGGAGAUGUUUCUAUUUCCUUAAAGAUUGAAGAUGGUGAGACAGAUGGAGAGGACAGUGAUAUCAAGCACUCUGUCUCUGGGCUGAAACACCUAAAAACUAAGAAUAUGGACAAUGAGUUAGUUGGAAACAUUGAAAAACCGUUAGGCUCUUCUGAGUUUGCUGUGUCAGAUUCCGAAACAGGAUCCUCAGGCUCAAUGGACAAGAAAUGUUUUACCGAUGUUUUACGCAUCAAAAUCCAUUCAGAAGAGAAGCGGUUCUGUUGUGAUGUAUGUGGGAAAAGAUUUAGCCAAAAAGGAAAUUUAAACAAUCACAUCAAAACCCAUACUGGGGAGAUGCCAUUCUGUUGUGAUGUCUGUGGGAAAAGAUUUAGCCAAAAGGGGAUGUUAAACACACACAUGAGAAUCCACACAGGAGAGAAGCCAUUCUGCUGUGAUGUUUGUGGUCAAAGAUUUGGUGAUAAAACAACUUUUAGAAGACACAUUAUAAUCCACACUGGACUGAAACCUUUCUGUUGUGAUGUAUGUGGGCAAAGACUUAGCUGUAAAGCAACUUUGAAUACACACAUAAGACGCCACACAGGACAGAAACCUUUCCGUUGUGACAUCUGUGGACAAAAAUUUAUCCAAAAGCAACAUUUAAACAGCCACAGAAGAAUCCACACAGGACAGAAACCUUUUUGUUGUGGGCCAUGUGGACUAAAAUUUGCUCGUAAAGAAGCUUUGAACAGACACUUGAGAAUCCAUACAGGACAGAAACCUUUCAGUUGUGAUCUUUGUGAAAAAAAAUUUAGCCAAAAAACUAAUUUAAACACACACAUGAGAAUCCACACAGGAGAGAAGCCAUUCUGUUGUGAUCUUUGUGGACAUGGAUUUACUACAAAGCAAAGUUUAAACAAUCACAUAAGAAUCCACACAGGGGAGAAGCCAUUUUGCUGUGAUCUUUGCGCACAAAGAUUUACUACAAAACAAAGUUUAAACAUACACAUGAAAAUCCACGCUGGGGAGAAAACGACAUAGGUAUUAAAACAUCCUUUUUAGCAUACCUGCUAUGUGCUGUGCAGCUGACGGUAAAACUUGUAGCAUAAGUUGUUUCCUCAGUCUGCAAAUUCUUAAAUGUGAUUACAUAAUUGAGACACAUCGAAUAAACCAUGAAAAAAAACGUAGUUCCCUGUAGGGUUGGAUAUCAGUUUAAUUUAAACAAUUCCAGUUUUAAGUAUUUUCAGUUUCUAUUGAUUCUCAGUUCCGAUUAUUUUAAGAAGAUUCAUAAAGGUUUACAUGUUAUAAAUGAGCUGGAUAGCCAGAGCUCUGUGUCGAUGAAAUAGUCUGAAAUUCUCAAAUUUAAUUCUUUGCACAUCUAACUUUGUAUGAACAUUACUAAAAAUUAUUGCAGAGUUACCUUUAUCUAGUUCAUAAAUAUAUCUAUGAACUCUAGAAAUCUUAAAGAUAUUCACACAGCUACUAUUUCACAUGGGCCUUUAUUGUUUAAAACCUCGUUAAAUCACAUAUCCAAUUUUUGAUGCUUUCAUAUCUCGCACCUCAGCUCCAAUCAAUUAGAUGGGGAAGUAAUGAUGUUUUACAUUUGUGGACAGGAUGGAUCCAGUUUCUUAUUCUGUUGCUCAGUUGGUGGUUUUAAGCAUAUAAAACAGAUCCCAAAUUAACUAAAGUAAACAAUAGAUGACUUAACCCCUAGAACCCUACAGACCCACCGGUGGGUCCAGCGGCUACAUGACCUCGUAAUUUUAACAAACCCCCAGUAUUGAUGUAAAAGACACAUUUGGCACAGU